AUGGUUGCUGAUGGAUGCGCCCCGCAGGUUUUGGAUGCUUCGGGCGGCAAAGCGGUGUUGGAGGGCGGGCGACAGAUGUCUCUCCGGGAGGGUGACAAUGUCGAACAGCAAAAAGAUCAAGGGGGCCUCAAUGAGGUAGAUGAUCUUUGGAGGCCUGAUAAGGCAGACGUGCUGCCAGUGGUCCUGUCGACGCUUGCCGAUGUAGCACAAGGAAGACACAAAGAUCUGACACAGCCCCAAACUGGUGCUGCAAGAGACGUGCCUGCAACUAUUAUGAGUGUUCCUACGGUCACAGUGUUUUGGAACACACUUGUAAUGGCAGUAGCCAGUGGCCUGGGUGCUGUGCCAUUCUAUUUUGUGAAGAAGAUGUCCAAGCAGCUUGUUGGCCUGUCCAAUGCCAUCGCCUGUGGGGUAAUGUUGGCAGCAAGUUUUGACCUGUUGCACGAAGGGGAGCCCUAUGGGCCCAUGCUAGUUGUGCUGGGCAUUAUCGUGGGCAUGCUCUUCAUAAAGUACAGCCAAGCAUAUCUGGAGGCGUAUGAAAAUGUCAGAUUUGGCGUUCUGGAGGGUUCAGGUGCUCGCAAGAUCUUGCUGGUGAUUGGCGUGAUGGCAGCACAUGCCAUUGGCGAAGGCGCUGGCGUUGGGGUGUCCUACUCGGGCUCUCGGGGCUGGUCCCGAGGUGUCCUGGUCACAUUGGCGAUCGGCCUCCACAACAUCCCCGAAGGCCUGGCUGUGGCCACAGUGAUGGUCUCCAUGGGGGAAUCUGUGGGACAGGCGCUGCUGUGGAGCAUCUAUAGUUCCUUGCCACAGACCCUGGCAGCAGUCCCUGCUUUUCUUUUCGUGGAGGCGUUCACAACCUGUUUACCAGUGGCAAUGGGCUUUGCAGCUGGCAGCAUGAUUUGGGUUGUGUUCUCUGAGCUCAUCCCUGAUGCACUGGAAAAUGUAAAACCUGGGAGAGUAGCCACAGCGGCAACUCUAUCAGCUGCAUGGCUGGAGGGUAUGAGAAUGAUUCUGGCCCAGCUUGAAAAUGAUGGUCAGCUUGGUUCACCGAUCCAGGCGGAUGUGAGGGCAGCUGGGCCCGCAUUUGCCGCUUUGUUGCCAGCCCUCCUUGUGCCCACUGCUGUGGUGAUAUUCCUCACCAUGUCUUUGCCAGCUCGCCCUGUGUUCCAAGGCCUGCUGGUCGGGCUCAAGACAGGCUGGGGAUGCACCCUUGUGUUGAGGGAACUGCUUGCAGGCAAGGAGCCCAUCGCUGUGACAAUCCUGUGGUGCUUUGUUGGCAUUGGCAUCACUGCUGGUGUGCGGUCUGUGAUAAGUGCAGAGACUGCAAAGGAGCCUCAGGGGGCCGAUACUUCACCUGUAAGUGUGAAGGUUGAGCAGGGCUACGAUCCGGACCCCCCAGUGGAGCUUCCCCGCACGUGGCCCCCACAGCCUGGCGUGAAGCCCCAGACAUUCUCAGCGUUGGCUGUGUGCCUGGCCUCCAUUGGUGCCCUGGGUGUAGUGGAGGGUUUGAGGUUGGCAAGGGCAAUGGUGUUGAGGGGUGGCGAAGUGUCACAUCUGUUGCUUCCUGCAGCACUGACAGGGGCUCUUCUAGGAACCGCAAUCGGCCUGGCCACUCUCCUCUUUGCUCUGCCGCACCAGCGCCGGUGGCUUCUGGCCAGCAUCCUGGUGGCCCUGCCGGUGCUGUCCGCUCUCGCUUCCAUCCUGGGUCAUCCCCUGGGCGUCCAUGAUGUGCCAGUCGACCCAACGGACACUGUGGGAAAAACCUCCGCUGCGACAGGAGCAGCACUCGUUUAUGUCUCGUGUACUGCACUGUGGCCGUUCCUGCAGCACGCCUAUCCACGAGGUCCAUGGAUGGGAACGGCCCUUGGGGCCCUGGCGACGUUGUUGGUGCUCGGGGGCAUGGAAAUCAUGUGCAGAUGGUCGCCGUAUUGUUUGCGAUGA